CUGCUGCCCCAGUUGUGCUGUGAUUUAUGUGGGCUCGCAGCUGCCCUUGCUCCGACCCCAGAGGAGCUGUGUGGGAAGUUGGUGUCUCGGAGCCGCGGCGUGGCUCUGCCGAGUGUCUGGAGCCCGGGCUGUGCACACAAACUGAUAAAUAGGGAAAGGCCUGCUGGGCUGCAGCUGCAGCAGAGCUGCCACCGCCGCUGCAGCCCCGCGGAGAGGAGCUCCCUGCAGCCACCGCUGCUGUUUAAAGGCUGGUCCCACAGCAGAGUGGAUGAAGCAGUGCAGCUGGGAGCAGAGCAUGGCCAACACGUUUGUCACCGUCCCUGACGGGUACGGCCUUCCCGAGCCCCUCCAGUACUACGAUGUUUUACCGGAGCACAUCAACUACCAGCUGCAGGACGCGGAUUUCCAGGCUGCCCCGUACUGCCAGUACUCAGCAGUGCCAGUGCCAGUGCCAGUGCCAGCCCUGCCGCCCCAGCCUGGCCCGGCCCCGUACGGCUCCUACAGCCUGGACGCCCCGUACGGCGACGGGCCCUGCGUGGGCAGCAGCUGCGAGCUCAGCAAGGGCCCCUUCCUGCCUGCCCCCGGGGAGGACGGCGGCUACCAGGGGCUCAGGAGGCCCCGGCUGAGCCACCCCGUGAGGCUGAAGGGGCAGGAGGAGCUGUGCGUGGUGUGUGGGGACAAGGCCUCGGGGUACCACUACAACGCGCUCACCUGCGAGGGCUGCAAAGGCUUCUUCCGGCGCAGCAUCACCAAGAACGCGGUGUACCGCUGCAAGAGCGGCGGGCACUGCGAGAUGGACAUGUACAUGAGGAGGAAGUGCCAGGAGUGCCGCCUCAAGAAGUGCAGGGCUGUGGGGAUGCUGGCAGAAUGUUUGCUGACUGAAGUCCAGUGCAAGUCAAAGCGACUCAGGAAGAAUUUCAAGCAGAAGAGCAGUUUCCUUUGCAACAUAAAGCUGGAAGAUGAGGGACUGAAUAGUAAGCAAGUAUCAUCUACAACAAGAUCUGGAAAACAGAUCCCAGAGAAGAUGGAACUCACUCCAGGAGAACAUCAGCUUCUUGACCACAUUGUAGCAGCACACCAAAAAUACACAAUUCCCCUUGAGGAAGCCAAGAAGUUUCUACAGGAAACUGCAAGUCCUGAGGAAAGUUUUCUCCACCUGUCUGAGACAGCUGUUGUCCAUGUCCAGGUGUUGGUGGAUUUCACAAAAAGACUCCCAGGGUUUGAGAGUUUAGCCAGUGAGGACCAGAUUGCUCUGCUGAAAGGGUCCACAGUGGAGGCAAUGUUCCUGAGAUCAGCCCAAAUUUACAACCAAAGAAUGAGCGAGUGCCAGCCAUCAACCAGUGAAAGUCAUGUAAGACUUUCUGAUCACGGGACAUGUUGUCAUGUUCAAAGCCUUGAUAAAAACAAUAUUUAUUCCAUGGAAAUGUGUCAUAAUAAAGAGAGGCCAACUUCUACUACUACCACAGGCAUAACUGAGGAGUUCAUCACCGCCCUGUUCUACUUCUACAGAACCAUGGGGGAACUCAAAGUGACCGAGACCGAAUACGCUCUGCUCGUAGCAACAACAGUGUUCUUUUCAGACCGCCCGCUGCUGAGGGACAAGCGCCACGUGGAGGAGCUGCAGGAGCCGCUGCUGGGGAUCCUGUACAAGCACUCGAAGCUGCAGCACCCGCGGGACCCGCAGCGCUUCGCGCGGCUGCUGGGGCGCCUCACGGAGCUGCGCUCGCUGCGCCACGCCCACGCGGGGGCGCUGCGCGCGCGGGACCCGCGCCUGGCCGCGCCGCUGCGCGACCUCUGGGACCUCCACUAGGCGGCGCCAACGCCGCCGGCCCGCGCGCCCCUUCCCGCCUCGGGCGCGCGCCGCCCUUUCCCGCCCUUUUCGCCCUCCCUCAGCGGCCGCCGGGAGGUGCCGGUGCCGGUGUGGGUACAAGUGUUGGUACCAGUGCCAGUGCUGGCAUCGGUUUGGGUGCCACGCUCAGUGCCGGUGACAGUGCUGGUGUUGAUGUCAGUGCCGGUGCCGGUGUGGGCACAAGUGUUGGUACCAGUGCCGGUGCUGGCAUCGGUUUGGGUGCCACGCUCAGUGCCGGUGACAGUGCUGGUGUUGAUGUCAGUGCCGGUGUCGCUGUCGGCACAAGUGUUGGUACCAGUGCCGGUGCCGGUAUCGAUUUGGGUGCCACUGUCAGUGCUGGUGUCGAUGUCGGUGCCGACGUUACUGUCGGUGUAGGUGGUGGCGGUGCUGUCGGUGUCAGUACAAGUGUUGGCGUCGGUACCAGUGCCGGUAUCGGUUUGGGUGCAGUGCUCAGUGCCGGUGUCAGUGCUGCUGCUGAUGUUGCUGCCAGGGCUGGUGCUGGUUGUUGCUGCUGGUGUCAGUGUCAGUGUCGGUACCGGUGCUGGUAUUGGUACCAGUGGUGAUGUCAGUGCCGCUACCAAGUGCUGGUGUCACCGCUUUUCUCCAGACCCACCAAGAAAAAGCCCGUUCAAACCGCUCAUGUGGCAGCCCCCGAGCGCCAGGCAGGGCCCGUGGCCAAAGCCCGCUGAGCUCUCGGGCCAUGGGGCUGUGUCAGGUCAGUGGUGCCACCGGCCGCCCCGGGCCUGGCUGCAGUGGGCAGGGGACACCCACAGGGACACUGCUGGGAGCCCCCGGGCAGAGUCCUGACCCGAGCACACACAGCCCAGCCUGGCCUGGGAAGCGUUCAAGGCCAGGCUGGAGCAGACUUGGAGCAAGCAGGGACAGUGGGAAGUGGAUGAGCUUCAAGGUCCCUUCCAGCCCAGCCCAUUCCAUGGUUCUGUGCGCGUGUGAAAUUCGCUGAAGUCAUUUCUCUGCAGACUGCCAAGACUGGUGCUGGAAGGAACAUCUCUGACUUUAUUUCAAAGACUUCUGCUGUUAUUCUCUGUCAAGACUGAAGGAAAUCGUCUUCUCAAUCAUCUGCUCUGUGUUGUAGCUGCACAUCACCGAUGAUAAAUCCACAUUUGAUGUGGGUGAUCCACAGUGAGCAGUGCCCUGCUUGGAUGCUUGCACUGGCUUUGAAGUCCUGCUUACACCAGACCAAAUGUGCAGUGAAAACGUUCUGUCACCACACUGAGUUAUGUGAAAUAAACAAAUUAUUGUUUCAUGUUGAGGUUCCUUACGGAAUAUGUUUAGAUUCAAAUGUGAUAUUCUAACAGGAGACGAGUUACACUAUUUAUCCUAUUUUUUUGUGACUUGAAAACCUUGUAAAAUGGCAUUUUCAUACUAAAACAUGGUCACAUGUGGUGUUUAAAACUACCAGUGGGAGUAAAGAAAAAAAUAAAUAUCAACUACUGGAC